UGAUCUGAGUGAGAGAGAAGUUACAGUUGAAAAUGGGGAAGCUCAGCUUUGGCAGGGUUUUAGACUGUUUUUGCAUUUCUUCUUGCUCGAGCGCUUGCUUCUGCAUGGUUAACUCCAUGGAAACCCAAGAUGAGUUUGAGACAAGGUCACUGAUCAGAAGUGAUAAAGACCAGUUGCCGAGACUGAAAGAUGUUGUUGCUGGAAACCAAACCUUGGCUUAUCAAUUGAAGCCCAAGACUGUGAUGCUAAGGGUAUCCAUGCACUGCCAUGGCUGUGCAAGAAAAGUUGAGAAACAUGUCUCGAAGAUUGAAGGAGUAACCUCGUACAGAGUAGACUUGGAAAGCAAGAUGGUGGUUGUCAUCGGAGACAUUCUUCCUUUCGAAGUGCUGGAGAGUGUCUCUAAGGUAAAAAACGCAGAGCUUUGGGAUAAUCGAAUUCUCAAUGAUCUCGAUGAACUGCAUUUUGCAACCCAAAUUGCCAAUAUUCCACCCACAAAAAUGGCAGAGAGACUUUAA